GGCAACCAAUUGCAUCAUUUUUCGUCAUUGAUCGAACAGCGGAGGUGAAGGAGACAAUUGUUACGAAUUCAAGGAGCAACAAAGAUGAAUUCACGAAGAACCAGACGAAUUUUCCACAAAUCUCUGAAGGCCGAGUUAAAAUAAAGAGGAACAUGGACAUUCAGGAGUUUCGUGUGCGCGGAAAGGAAAUGGUGGAGUACAUAUGCGAGUUUAUGAGUAAUAUCCACAACCGGAGAGUAACGCCGGAUGUCGGUCCCGGAUAUUUACGACCACUCCUCCCCUCGGAAGCACCGCACCAACCUGAAUCUUGGGAGGACAUCAUGAAGGACGUGGAGUCAAAAAUUAUGCCUGGAAUCACUCAUUGGCAACAUCCUCGAUUCCACGCUUAUUUUCCAGCUGGUAAUUCAUUCCCAUCCAUUCUUGGUGACAUGUUGGCGGAUGCAAUAGGUUGUAUCGGAUUUUCAUGGGCGGCCAGUCCGGCCUGCACGGAGCUCGAGACGAUAGUCUGCGAAUGGUUCGGCAAAGCCAUCGGUUUACCAUCGGACUUCCUCUACUUUAAUCCAGGCAGCAAAGGCGGAGGUGUGAUACAGGGUUCAGCUUCGGAGUGCGUAUUGGUGUGCAUGCUUGCCGCGAGAGCUCAAGCGAUCGCUAGGCUCAAAGAGUCACCUGCUCAUGCACAUUUGGACGAAACUGCACUUCUUGGAAAACUUAUGGCCUACUGUAGUCGUGAAAGUCACAGCUGUGUUGAAAAAGACGCGAUGAUAUGCUUUGUGAAGCUGCGAAUUUUAGAACCCGACGAGAAGAGCGUGCUGCGCGGAGAGACUUUGCGUCAGGCAAUCGAGGCUGAUACCGCAGAAGGUUACAUCCCCUUCUUCGUCUCAACCACCCUAGGCACAACUGCUUGUUGCUCCUUCGACAAUCUCAGGGAGAUAGGACCAGUUUGUAGGAAAUAUCCAGGCGUAUGGCUGCACGUGGACGCAGCAUACGCAGGCAACGCUUUUAUCUGUCCCGAGUUGAAGUACCUGAUGGCUGGCAUCGAAUACGCCGAUUCUUUCAACACCAACACGAACAAAUUUUUAUUGACGAAUUUCGAUUGUUCCUGUCUGUGGGUUCGAGAUAGAUUCAAACUGACUAGCGCGCUAGUCGUCGAUCCACUUUAUCUUCAACAUACUCAUGCGGAUACUGCCAUUGAUUACAGACAUUGGAGUAUACCAUUGAGUCGACGAUUCCGUUCUCUGAAACUGUGGUUUGUUAUGAGAAGUUAUGGAAUAGCCGGCCUGCAAGCUUACAUACGGAAUCAUAUUCAACUAGCGAAGAGGUUCGAGGCAUUAGUCAGGAAAGAUGCGAGAUUCGAAGUUUGUAACGAAGUUGUGUUGGGUCUGGUAUGUUUCCGAGCCAAAGGUUCCGACAAGUUAAACCAAAAACUACUGAGUACCAUCAACGAUUCCGGGAAACUGCACAUGGUGCCAGCGCGAGUGAAUCAACGUUUUACGAUUCGUUUUGCGCUCGCCGCGCCGAAUGCCACUGCUUCUGACGUUGACAUCGCGUGGAGCAUCAUUACUGAUUACCUAGCUGAAUUAUUGGAGUCCAAGGAUGUUAUGGACGAGCUGGCGGAUAUUCGCGAGAAGAAAAGGAAAGCCACCCUGGAGCAGAGGAGGUCCUUCUUCGUCCGCAUGGUGUCUGAUCCCGCUAUUCAGCCAGGAUUCACGAAAACCCCUAACAGGACGGGGCCGAAGUUAGACACACAGGCAACGAUCGGUGGCAUUGGUUCAAAUCCUCAUCCUACCACGCGCUCGUGGAUUUCCUGGCCGUUGGCAUAUUUGAUGCAAGCGAAGGACGCUGCUGACACUAGCGAACUGUCUCUUAGAUUCCGUCACUUGGAUACAAUGGUGCGUCUGAAGGCAAGUGGUACCGGAAGUCGCCGCGGUAGCAGCAACGGCUGCAGCCCUGAACCGUCGCCAUCCGCUUCGCCAUCACGCGGAAGAUCGCCAAAUGGCAGAGCGUAAAACAAUCCCUGAUUCUUCAAUCUUUAACCAACGUUUCUCCCAGGUGCAUCAACACACACGGACACUGCCGAACUCGAAGGAAGUGUUUGG